AUGACACCAUUUGAAAUGAACAAUCAAACAGAUGUCACUGAAUUCAUCUUCUUGGGAUUUUCCAACCACCCCAAACUACAGGGUUUGCUUUUCCUGGUUUUCUUGAUCAUUUACCUGACAACACUCUUGGGGAACAUGCUCAUACUAACAGCCACUAGAAUCAGUCUUGCUCUCCACACUCCAAUGUAUUAUUUCCUCAGCAACCUGAGUUUCUUGGACAUCUGCUAUACAUCCACCACCAUCCCAGUCAUGCUGGUGAACUUCUUCCGGGAGAAGAAGACCAUCUCAUACGAAGGCUGCCUUUCCCAGAUUUUCUUCCUCGUGACAUGUGCCGGCACUGAAUGUGUCUUAUUGGCUGCUAUGGCUUAUGACCGCUUGGUAGCCAUUUGCCACCCUCUUCGAUAUCCAGUCCUCAUGAGUGUGAAGGUCUGUGUUUUUUUGGUGACUGGGUCUUGGCUGUGUGGACUGGUGAAUUCUGUGACACACACGGUGCUGGCAGCCACACUCACCCUCUGUGGGCCCAACCAAAUCAGCCACUUUCUCUGUGACAUUCCACUGCUCCUGAAACUCUCCUGCUCAGACACCUCUCUCAAUGAAUCUGUGCUCCAUGUGGCCAGUGCCACCAUUGGCCUGAGCCCUUGCCUGUUUACUGGAGUGUCCUACAUACUCAUCAUCUCUGCCAUUCUCAGGAUUCCCUCUGCUCAGGGUAGGAGCAAGGCCUUCUCUACCUGUGCAUCCCACCUUACUGUGGUAGUGGUCUUCUUUGGAACAGCCAAUUUCAAUUAUGACAGACCCAGAGAAGGUUACUCCCUAGACAUGGACAUCCUGGUCUCUGUGUUCUUCUGUGUCAUAACCCCUAUGUUCAACCCUAUCAUAUACAGCCUGAGAAACAAGGAGGUCAAGGGUGCCCUGAGGAAGCUAGCUAGGGAAUGUGGGUUCUCUAAUGAGAUCAGCAAUUAG